GUGGGCGGGUAGAUGGGGGGGACAGCGGUGUUUACUGUGCGUGAGGUGAGGAGGCUGUUGAGAAAGAACCAUCACCUCUUGUCUGGACCGGGACCACUGCUUGGGCCCUCGGGGGCUACCACCACCAUGGGGCUCCGGAGGAAGAACAAGAGCCCGCCCGUGCUAAGCCAUGAAUUCGUGAUCCAGAACCAUGCGGACGCCGUGUCUUGCCUGGCUAUGGGCCUCCUGCUGGGGCUUAUGUUCGAGGUCACAGCCAAGUAUGUCAUCAUCUUUAUUACUGUGCAGUACAACGUUACCUACACCACUGAUGACAGGAGUGAACCCAUUCAUUUCUAUGAAUAUGGUCCAAAAGACAUUGCCACCAUCUUCUUCUACAUGCUUAUAGCCAUUAUUCUGCAUGCUGUGAUCCAAGAAUACAUACUAGAUAAAAUUAAUAGACGUCUCCAUUUGUCAAAAACGAAGCACAGCAAAUUCAAUGAAUCGGGGCAGCUAGCAUUUUUCUAUUUGUUUUCAUUUGCCUGGGGAGCAAGUAUUUUGACUGCAGUAAGAAGAAUUCAUGACAAACCCUACCUUGUUAUGGAAAGACUAUCCCCAUUCUCGCAUGUUUUUUCAGGUAAAAUUCUUCUAUGUCUGCCAGAUUGCCUAUUGGCUUCAUGCACUCCCAGAAUUGUACUUUCAAAAGAUUCGAAAGAGAGAAGUACAGCACUGAGGAAGAUAAGGAAGGAAGAUAUACCAAGACAGCUAUACUAUAUCUGCCUUUACAUUGCUCACAUAUGUGGUGCCUAUGUAUUGAACUUUCAACGUCUGGGGCUAAUUUUGCUAGUACCUCACUAUCUAGUGGAGCUCAUUUUUCAUGCCUCGCGUCUUUUCUACUUCAGUGAUGAAAACAAGCAGAAAGGAUUUACCUUUUGGGCUUUACUGUUUGUAAUGGCUCGUCUUUUGACCCUAACCUUAUCUGUGCUCACAUUUGGAUUUGGUCUGGCAAGAGUAGAGAAUCCAGGUUUUUCCAUAGCAGACGGAAACUUCAAUGUACUCACUGUGAGGAUUAGUUGCUUGGCUGCAAUUUGUCUAACACAGGCCUGGAUGAUGUGGAAAUUUAUAAAUUUCCAGCUAAAGAAAUGGAGAGAGCACAUCCAGAACCAGAUUCCUAAGAAAAAAAUAACUUGCACAAAGAGUAAAUCAACAAAAAAAGAACCAAACAGAGCUAACUUUGUCAAUGGAGCAGUAAAAUUAGAAGAUGGAGCAUCGCCCAGAACAAGAAAAUCAAAAGUAUUAUGAAAUGGAAGCUGAAAUCGGAAGAUGACAUAUUGACAGAAGACUGUGAUUAAAAAACAUCUGUCACUGCAGAAUCAUAGGCUAUUUGUCUGUCUUGUUAUGAUUUAAAUGGACACUAUCAAGUUAAAAUAUAUUUUAAACACAUUUUUAUUAAUACAUAACUUAUUAUGAAAACUGGUCACUUUUUAAUCUAAUUUACAAUUAGUGUUUGCCUCUUUCAGUUUCACUCAACUUGGACAAUGAAAAUAGACAAAUCACUUGCACUUUCUGGCUCUUAGUAGCACAAUUCUGUAAUGUUUGAGUGACAGACAUUUCAGGGGAAUAUUUCAGUCUAAAAAUCUGUUUAUUUGAAAUUUAAAAAAACAACUUGGAAACAUUUUCAUUAAUAUUACGGUUUAGAAAACCGGUGGUUUUACAAAACCUAAAUUCUGGGCCAAAAAUAUCUUACCAUGUAUGUUUAACCUUAAACUUUUGCACAACAGACUCUUCUUUUUAUCACAUUCUGAUAUUGGAGUAAGAGAUAGUAUGUCUGAAAUACAUGUUAGCAUGGCAAAAAAAAAAAGAGAGAGAGAGAGAGAGAGAAUGACAUCUAUUUCCCUUCAAAGAAUAUAUAAAACUUGAUUUAUAUAACCUGUUCAUCAAGUUCUGACUUAAUAUACCUAACUUCCUCUUAGGUGAUUGUGAUAUUUUAGUUAGACACACAGAUUAUUGGAUGCAGUCGCCUUGCAGAAUUGCCAAUGUACAUAGGGAGUUUUGAAAUAGAUUGUAAUGUCUUGUUUGGAAACAAGUUGCCAAUUAAACAUCUAGGGUGAAAUCCUGGUGCCAUUGAAAUAAGUAGGAAAGCUGUCAUAGAUUUUAGUGAGGCCAGCAUUUACGCUAUGGCCAAAUUUUGUGAAAAUUUCCCCCUGGUAAUUUUUCUUUAAUUUUGGCAUUGAGCUGUUUGAAAGUUACACAUGGCUUUUUCAUAAAGACUAUGAAAUUGGGUUCAGAAAAUGUACUUUCUGUAGCUGCAAUUAUUUUUAAGGUGCUAAGAUUUUUAAUUACCUACAUUUGGCUGCCACUUGUUUUGGUUUCAAAUUCAGAUUUAAAUUUUUAUAUCUCCAUGAAGCUAUUAAGAUGCUCAUUACUUAAAUACUGUUUCAGAUAUAAUUUAUAUUUAAAUCUGUAGACCAUUUCAGAAUGUUUUUUCAGAAGUAAUGAAGUCUGAUGCUGGUAUAAUUAAGAGAUCUGGUAAACACUGCAUUAUAGGCCUCUUAUCCCCAACCAAUGGCAUCGGUUUUGCAUGGCGUCUUGUACUACUUCCCAUCCUUUCAGCCAAUUGGAUCCUAUUUCUCCAGCACACAAAAUUCUGUUCAGAAAACAGUUGACUUAUGCAGUAGAGCUGACUUUAUAAUAUAUGCGUUGGCUGCAUAAAACACUAGAGAUGUGCAUUAAAUUACAUUGUCACAUGUUCUGAAGUGUCUGUUGUGGUUAAGAUUUAGGAGGAAGGUUUACAGUUCCUUAAGUAUUAAUGCCACAAAAUAUCAUAUAUACAACUUUCUUGAAAGAAUAGUUAUUUAAAAUGUAUCCAUAUGUAGGUUUUUCUUAAUACUAUUUCUCCCCUCCCUCCCUUCACUGACUGACCAGGUUCUUUCUUGUACCCUAUCUUGUGUUCCUUGAAGCAGUGCAGUGUCUUUUAGUUUUUUAGUGAAGUGAAGCAAAAUCUAGUAGGACUGUUGAGGAGCCACUUGUAAAAAGUUCAGCUGUAUCUACCCAAUUUCUCCCCCUAGAAACUGGCUAUAGACCACCUAUUCAUUUCAGAUUGACCCAUGUAUUCACAUACAGUAGAAACAGUUUUUUGGUGUGUUCACCUAAGCUACACUCCAUUAAACAGUAUUUGCCACUUAUCACACAGCAUGUUCAAAGCACUUUACAAGCAUAAAUCCUCAUAACCCUCCGGUGAGGCAGAUAAAUAGCAGUGUUUUCAGUAUAUAAGAAACGGACAGAUUAAGUCACUUGUCCAAGGACACAGUGAGGAUCAUUGCCUCUACUGGGAGUAGAAAUCAGGAUUCCUAAUUCUUAGUCCAGUGAAUGAAUCACACCUGAUUCCUGACCGCACUUCUGUGAAAGGCAAGCGAGUGAGAGACUGAAGGUUCCAUAUCAUAUUACCAGUCCCUUGAGCCAUCCAAUUUCUUAAUCUUAGAUUUUGCCACGUUGAUCUAAGCGCUUGUUUGACUAUGAUAAGGCUACUGAUAUUUUUGUAAAUUACCUACAUAGUCAUGACUGGUAUAUCUAAUGCUAUUUAAGUCUUAUGAACCCAUUUUCUAAUUUGCCCUAACGGUUCCCAUGUGCAAAUGGUAUGUAGGAAUAUCAUGUGUGAUUUCUCAUAAACCUGUACAUUUCUGCUAAAAAUAUUUACCAUGGAACUAAAAUAUAUAUUUUUUUAACAAUUUUAAUAAACGUAUUUGUAUAAUCAUGAAUGCCUCAUUUGAUAGAAGUAUCCUCUUAUGAGCAGCUUUCGUGUGACCUGCUUAGUCUCUCUACCAUACUGCUCACAAGACAAUGCUUUCUCUGAUAAGUAACUGCAACUAUAAGUAUACCAUACAUUUAGGUUUUGGGCCACUUACCAGCUGAAACGGCCAAAAACUAGUUAUUAUAUAGGUAAAAUCUUUUACCCUGAGAAGGGAAUUCCUACACUAAGGACACUGUGAAUACAGGAUAAAAUUUGUAUUGCUUUUACAUUACAGAUGCAAACAUUUUCUUGAAUAAGAAUUUUUUUCUUUUCCCCCAUCCAUUGCAAAAGCAUUCAGACCAAGAUUUUCCACACACAUACACACACACGGAGCCUAAAAUUAGGCUCCAUCUAUACCUAUGCACCUAAAAAGGAGACGGAUUUUCAAAAGCGUGGAACACCCAGCAGUUACAAUUAAGUAGCCAGAUUCCCAGAAUGGGAACUGCAGAGUAUUCAACACUCUUCAAACUCUGGCCACUUAUUUAGGAGCCUAAGUGGUAACUUGAUGUUAGGGUCCUGUUUUUUUCAAAAUUUUAGCCCCAAUCUUUUUUCCUUCAAUAUUAUGGAAAAGUACAUUUCUAGCACCCUGCUUAUGAAUUCACUGAACAAAAUGUACUUGAAUACUAUUCUUGUUGCAUGUCAUACAUAAUGGACACUUUAAGGAAUCUACACUGCUGAAGUCAAAUAAUUUAAGUGAAACAUUUGAAGUGUCUGGCAUAUAAUUAUUGUGUGUAUGGAUACUGUGUGCAUACGCACCUACAAUAUCUGUAAAAUAAAGAUAGGAAUCUCAGUCUUGUAGCACAAGAGAAACUCCCACUAUUUCUUUUAAAGGUAAAAAUCAUUGUUUUUUGUCAUUCUAUUGCAUUUUUGGAUGCUCACUGUGGAAUAUCAAAAUGCGUGAAAUGAACUAGGCCUGUGCCUUAAUAUUAAGACAUUUCAGUAAACUUUAAACAACUUGCAGCAAAAAAAA